AUGACAAGCCCUCCAAGUCUUGUUUUAACCAUAGCACUUUGUGUGCUAACAUUCUUAAAGCCUUCUCUUGCUGUAUUUGUAAGCAUUGAUUGUGGAUCCUCUGAAUCUUUCACUGAUGAAAACAAUAUAAAAUGGACUGGAGAUGAUGCAUACAUUAAACAUGGAGAGUCUCAACAGAUCUAUUUAGGUUCUGACCCAUUGAGCACUUUGAGGGUUUUCACAACUCAUAAGAAGAAUUGUUAUUCCAUCAAAGUUGGAAAUGGUGAAAAAAUUCUUACUAGAGCAAGCUUUUACUAUGGGAAUUAUGACAAUAAAUUCUCUCCCCCCAUCUUUGAUCUUCAAUUUGAUGGUAACUACUGGGCCACUGUGAACACCUCAAGUUAUUAUUAUGUUGAUUAUGAAGCAAUAUAUGUAACAAAGGGAAACUUCACCAGCAUAUGUGUUGCUCAAACAAAGCCUAACCAAUUUCCCUUCAUAUCAUCCCUUGAAGUGCGUAGCUUGGACCCUACAAUGUAUAGCCAUGUUGAUUCCAAUCAUGCAUUGAUUUUGCAAUGGAGAUAUGCUUUUGGAGGAAAUCAAACUAUCAGGUACCCAGAUGACAUUUUUGAUCGAAUAUGGAUGCCAUCAUUUGGUAUAUUGCUUUCUGAAAUCAAAAGUGAGGCAUCUGGCUUUGACAUUAGUACAGCAGAAGAUCAUCCACCAAGUGCUGCUCUGAAAAAUGCUAUUAUUUCCUCAAGCACUAGAGAAUACAUACAGUUUAUCAAUUAUCUUCCAACAAAGGAACUCCCUAUAUAUAUCACUACUUACUUCUCAGAAGUGAUGAAAAGUGCAGUUGGCAAAAGAUCCAUUCAGAUGUACAUAGACAACAAGCCCUUUUCAAGUCCCAUAGUUCCUCCUUUUGGAAGUGUACAAGAAGUUUACAUCACCAAUAUGACAGCUUCAGCAAACACUUCGUUUAUUUUGCAGGCUUCAGACUCUUCAACCCUUCCUCCUAUACUCAAUGCUCUUGAAGUUUAUACAUUAAGUGACAAAUUAACUGCAGGAACUGAUAGCAGAGAUGUGGAAGGUUUAUUACAACUGCAGAUGGCAUUUGAAGUGCUUGUGGAGUGGAGUGGAGACCCUUGUCUACCAUAUCCAUAUAACUGGGAUUGGAUACAAUGUACCACUGAUGUCAAACCUCGUGUAAUAGCAUUGUAUCUUACUGGUUAUGCUCUGCAAGGCAUACUUCCAGAUUUCAGUUCCAUGAAUGCACUUGAAACCAUUGAUUUUCACAACAAUACCAUAGAAGGCGCCAUUCCCCAUUUUCUAGGCCUAUUGCCAAAUCUUAAGACAUUGAAUUUAUCUUACAAUAGGUUCAAUGGCUCCAUACCCACAUCUCUAAAGAAUAAGAACAUAGAACUUGAUACAACAAAUAAUUGCCUCUCGGGAAUGAAGUGUCAACCUCUCAGUGAUUCUUCAAAUAUCCUACCAUUAUCGCCACCAUCACCACCUCAACUUGGUUCGGGCGAUGAACCAAAUAACCCAUCACCACAAUCAGAACUUCGUGCAGGGGAUGAACCCUUGGGAGGUGGAAGCAUUAAGAUUAGCGAUCUAAACAUAGCAUUCAUAGUAGCUAUGCAAACUUUGCUACCACUGCUCUUCAUGAAAUUUGUGUGA